CCCAUUGCCAUCACAACUCUCUCUCUCACCGAAGUGUAGGCUAUCCUCCACAAUAGUAACUAGAGAGCGUAAUGCGCCUGCUCAGCAGUUUACACCGAUUGACAGAAAACAGUUCCAAGCAUCAGCGAGCGACGUGACACGGAGCUCAAUAUGCAAUAUUGUGACAAAAAAAUAUUAAAGAAAUGGUGAUUAUCUUGAGCUACUGUAGAUAGAACAUGGAGUGAAUAAGAUUUCUAUUGAAGAAGCUAACCAGGGGUUGCCGUUUUGAAAACAGUGAUAUUUUCAUUCGUGGAAAUGGAAGUACUAUGAGUUUUUGAGUGCAGUAUUUGUAAGCAGACGGAGUGCGGAGAAGAGUGAAUUCAAGCAGCAGUAGAGCUGGAAUGUCCUGAGUCAGUCCCCCGGUCCAGAGAAGAACUCCCAGCAUCAGCCAUGGGACCUGCUUCACCACGAUGAGUCUUCAAGAUGGCGGCUGCGGCUAUGCUAGCGCCAAUUUGGCGGCUAACGCAGUCAGCGGCAGCAUGCGGCGGCGCCUGGAGGAUCAGGAUUUCACCCUGCGCGUCUACCCAGGCGCCCUGGCCGAAGGCACCAUCUACUGCCCCGUGGGCGCCCGCAAGAGCACCACGGCUGCCGAGGCCAUCGAGCGCCUGCUGGAGCGUCUGAGCCUGGACCGUACCAAAUGCUACGUGCUAGCCGAGGUGAAGGAGUUCGGCGGGGAGGAGUGGAUCCUCAACCCCAGUGACUGCCCCGUCCAGCGGAUGAUGCUGUGGCCCCGCAACGCCCUAGAGAACCGCUGUGGCCUGGGUAGUGGGGAGGACUACCGCUUCCUGCUCCGAGAGAAGAACCUGGACGGCUCCAUCCAUUAUGGAGGGAGUCUCCAGAUGUGGCUGCGCGUGACCGAGGAGCGCCGACGCCUGGUGGAACGGGGUUUUCUGCCCCAGCCCGCAGGGGGUGAGCACCCGGCCGACCUGUGCGCUCUCCCUGAGCUGACAGAGCGCGCCCUGCUGGAGAGCCUCCGCUCACGCUUCCGUCAGGAGAAGAUCUACACCUACGUAGGCUCCAUCCUCAUCGUCAUUAACCCUUUCCAGUUCCUACCCAUCUAUAACCCCAAGUACGUCAAGAUGUACGACAACCACGCUCUGGGAGACAUGGAGCCGCACAUCUACGCCGUGGCGGACGUGGCCUACCACGCCAUGCUGCAGCGGCGGAGGAACCAGUGCAUCGUCAUCUCUGGGGAGAGCGGCUCGGGAAAGACCCAGAGCACCAACUUCCUGAUUCAUCACCUGACCGCCCUCAGCCAGAAGGGAUUCGCCAGUGGGGUGGAGCAGAUAAUCCUGGGGGCGGGGCCUGUGUUAGAGGCAUUCGGGAACGCCAAGACGGCUCACAACGACAACUCCAGCCGUUUUGGGAAGUUCAUCCAGGUCAACUACCAGGAGAGUGGUACCGUCCGAGGAGCGUAUGUGGAGAAGUACCUACUGGAGAAGUCACGCCUGGUCUACCAGGAGCACAAUGAAAGGAACUACCAUGUGUUCUACUACCUUUUGGCUGGAGCCACUGAGGAGGAGAGGAAGUCCUUCCACCUGCUCAAACCAGAGGAGUACCACUACCUCAACCAGAUUACAAAGAAAUCCCACAGACUCCACUGGGAAAAUGACAAUGAGACCUGGCUGCAGGACUGCUUCACAGUGGAAGGGGAGGACCUGAAGCACGACUUUGAGAGACUGCAGCUGGCCAUGGACAUGGUGGGGUUCCUGCCUGCCACGCGCAAACAGAUCUUCUCUCUACUGUCUGCUAUCCUCUACCUGGGCAACAUCCUCUACAAGAAGAAGACCUACAGAGACGACUCCAUAGACAUCUGUAACCCAGAUGUGCUGCCUACCAUCUCAGAGCUGCUCCAGGUGAAGGAGGAGAUGCUGUUUGAGGCUCUGACCACCAGGAAGACGGUGACGGUGGGAGAGAAGCUGAUCGUUCCGUACAAACUGGCCGAGGCUGGUACCGUUCGGGACUCCAUGGCCAAAUCCCUGUACAGCGCCCUGUUUGACUGGAUCGUGUUCAGGACCAACCAUGCUCUGCUCAACAACAAGGAUCUGGAGCACAGUGCCAAGAUUCUUUCCAUCGGAGUGCUGGACAUCUUUGGCUUUGAAGACUACGAGAACAACAGCUUUGAGCAGUUCUGUAUCAACUUGGCCAACGAGAGGCUCCAUCACUACUUCAACCAGCAUCUCUUCAAGCUAGAACAGGAGGAGUACAGGGCCGAGGGCAUCAGCUGGCACAACAUCGACUACAUCGACAACACAGGCUGCAUCAACCUCAUCAGCAAGAAGCCCACCGCGCUGCUCCACCUGCUGGACGAAGAGUGCAAUUUCCCCCAGGCCUCUAACCAGACCCUGCUGGACAAGUUCAAACGGCAGCAUGAGGGGAACAGCUACAUCGAGUUCCCCGCCGUCAUGGAGCCCGCCUUUAUUAUCUGUCACUACGCCGGCAAAGUCAAGUACGGCAUCAAGGACUUCAGGGAGAAGAACACUGAUCACAUGCGUCCGGACAUCGUGGCCCUGUUGAAGAGCAGUAAGAACGCCUUCAUCUGUGGCCUGAUGGGCAUCGACCCGGUGGCCACCUUCCGCUGGGCCGUCCUCAGAACCUACUUCAGAGCCAUGGUGGCCUUCAGGGAGGCUGGGAAGAGACACGCCGACAAGAAGACUGUGAAUGAUGCUGCUGUACCGUGUGUUGUCAAGACUGUGGACAGCUUCAGCUUCCUCCACCACCCUGUGCACCAGAGGAGCCUGGAGAUCCUGCAGAGAUGCAAAGAUGAGAAAUACAAUAUCACUCGAAAGAAUCCCCGGACCCCCUUGUCAGACCUCCAGGGCAGCAACACACUGAAAGAAAAGCCCACCAGGGAUGGUUAUGGUGUGGGCUGUAACGGGCGUCGCUCCAGACAGGGUGGUCUGUCCUCCUCUGGCUCAGAGUUUGAUGAUGGCAUCUUCUUCAACUCUACUAGCAGCAAGCUGCUGGAGAGGGCACAGAGCAUCCUCAUGCGGAACAAAAACUACAAGUCCAAGCCCAGCUUACCGAAGCACCUGCUGGACGUGAAGUCUCUGAGGUACCUGAGCAGCGUGACCCUCCACGACCGCAUCACCAAGUCCCUCCUCCUCCUGCACAAGAAGAAGAAAACACCCAGCAUCAGCGCCCAGUUCCAGGCCUCUCUCAACAAGCUGAUGGAGACCCUGGGUCAGUCGGAGCCCUACUUUGUCAAGUGUGUCCGCUCCAAUGCAGAGAAGCUCCCCCUGCGUUUCAAUGAUGCCCUUGUGCUCAGGCAGCUGAGGUACACAGGCAUGCUGGAGACCGUCCGCAUCCGCCAAUCAGGAUACGCCAUCAAAUACACCUUCCAGGACUUUGUGCGUCACUUUCGUGUGCUCUUACCAGACAUUACUAGACCAACCAAGUCUGGCAUCAGGGAGUUCUUUCGUCAAGUUCAUCUAGCACCCGCUGGGUAUCAAGUGGGCAACACAAUGGUGUUCCUGCGGGAUGCGGAGCGUCAGCGGCUGCAGGCCCUGCUCCACAAGGAGGUGUUAGGGCGCAUCGUCACGCUGCAGCGCCGCUUCCGAGCCCGGCUGGAGAGGAAACACUUCAUCAACAUGAGACAGGCCGCUGAUGUCAUCCAGCGGUGGUGGAGAGGCUGCCUGCUCAGACAGUCGGAGGCUGCAGUGGACCCAGCCGUCCAGGAGGAGGCUGCAGUGGACCCGGCCGUCCAGGAGGAGGCAGCAGUGGACCCGGCCGUCCAGGAGGAGGCAGCAGUGGACCCGGCCGUCCAGGAGGAGGCAGCAGUGGACCCGGCCGUCCAGGAGGAGGCAGCAGUGGACCCGGCCGUCCAGGAGGAGGCAGCAGUGGACCCGGCCGUCCAGGAGGAGGCAGCAGUGGACCCGGCCGUCCAGGAGGAGGCAGCAGUGGACCCGGCCGUCCAGGAGGAGGCAGCAGUGGACCCGGCCGUCCAGGAGGAGGCAGCAGUGGACCCGGCCGUCCAGGAGGAGGCAGCAGUGGACCCGGCCGUCCAGGAGGAGGCAGCAGUGGACCCGGCCGUCCAGGAGGAGGCAGCAGUGGACCCAGCCGUCCAGGAGGAGGCAGCAGUGGACCCAGCCGUCCAGGUGGAGGCAGCAGUGGACCCAGCCGUCCAGGUUGAGGCAGCAGUGUGCCUGCAGGCAUCGUGGAGGGGCUACAGGCAGUGCAGGCAGUUCCUGCAGUGGCGGGACUCUGCCCUGAUAAUACAGAGGCGCUGGAGAAACUGCUGCCAGCACAGGGCUCUGGCGGCCAUUAUGGUGCAGACAGCCUGGCGCGUCUACAGAGAGAGAGCCCACUACCGUAGGACACGUGGUGCAGUUAUGCUGCUACAGGCAGCAUGCAGGGGCUACUUGGCACGCCUGAGGUUCACAGAACUAAAAGAGCAGGAAAAGCAGUUGCUCAAUGGACAAAGUAGCCCCACCACAGAAGAAGAGAAGGCAGAUAGGACCACGGGCCUGGAUACGGACAUCUCGGAGGACCAUGUCGUCGAGAUCACCCAUGAUCAUGGCAUCCAAGAUGUUUCCACGGUCUGGCCUACUGAAGACUCUAAGGAGUCUAGGUGGAAGUGUUUGGUGGAAGAGGAAGAGGAUAGAGAGAGCGAAAGAAGACCGUGUAUAGAGGAGUCCAGCAGACAGAGUAUAGAGCCCAGCAGCCACAAGACACGGGCCAAGAGACAGAAUCGGCGUAUGAGGGAGCUGGAGCAGACCCAGUUCAGCCUGGAGCUACUGAAGGUGCGGACCCACAGAACGGGAGGGACUCUGCCAGAAGAGGAGACCAAUGUACCCCCGUGUCCGGACAGCAUCUCCUGUCCCCUGGACGACCACCAACACCACCGGCCCUCCUCCCCCCACCUUGGCUCCCCUGAUAGCCACGGGAGAAUUGAGCUGCUCGACACCUCCAUAGACGUCGAGGUGGAGGCGGGAGGGCCUGGUUACCCCGGUUGCCAUGUUAACCAGUCAGUGCCGCUCCGGACUUCUUCCCAAGAGGAUUCGGUCAGACCAGGGCGUCCCAUUCACACCCCCACAGAGUACCAGUCCCAGGAGCAGCCGGAGGUGGUAAAACAGAAUGAUCUGAGCCCCAGGACAGAGGAGCUACCGCCCAUGCUACUGCCCCCUAUCAAGGAGGUGGUGACGGAGGCUACACGAGCCACCUUCUACAUCCCCCCUGAGGACCAAAGCAGUAAGCCUAAGCAACAGAGCCCCAACAAGCGUGUGAAGGAGAGGAGAGAGUCCGCCUCUCGACGGCCCGUGGUGGUUGUCAUCAGUAUGCAGAAGGAGACCCUGCUGGAUGAAGGGGAACUGCGGGCGGCAAAAGCCCAGGAGAGUGCACUCCAGAUGGGUGUAACCGCUGCCACAUUCUCCCCUACACCCAUCGCUGGCCUGGAAGUAUCAGAGAAGGCCCAGCCGUCCAGGACUGUUACCAAACCUCCGAGAGACUUAGCUGGGGUCGACAUGUCUAGCUUGGUGCCCUCCUCCAACUCCAGCCAUGGCCUUUGUCCUUCCGAGGUAGAUAUCCAGAUAGUUCUGGAGCCCAAGGCCCCUCCUGGUGAAGUCCCUCCCAGCCAGCAGGAGAGGAAAGCGGACAGGCCAGCGCAGGACAACUGGGUUUCCACCGACAGGAUCCUGGAGAGCAGGGAAGCAGCCUUGGCAUCACAGAAGAAGACUCAGACCAAGACCGUCAUUGUCAAUAUGACUGAGAAGUCCCCCACCAACAUCACGUUCUCCCCCCGACGCAAGCUCCCCUUCUCCAAGUCAGAUAAGGACCUGGGGAACCAGGAGUGGUCGUUGGCCUCUGUCUCUAGAGCCACCGCUGGACAGACAGCCAGAGAGGUGUGCCGGCCCGACCCCAAAAAGAAAGCCCGGAUGUCUCGGACCCGCUCCGACUUCCUGACCCGCUGUAACUCUGAGGGGGCGGGUCAGUCGGACGAUGACGAGACAUUCUACACCCCCGUCCUGUCCUGUACGCUGCCCCUCCUCUCCCAACCCUCCGAGGGGGAUGCCCAGCCUGUCUGUCACACUGUCUCCGAAAUGGCUACUCACAAGGAAGAGCAGAAGAGCAUCCAUAAGACCAUGUCUUCAGGGGACCUGGGAAAGGUAGCAGCGCUUAGGAAGACAUCCAGUCAGGACGGAAGCAGAGUACGAGGGAAGAUACGGUUCUGGGGCAAGACCAAGCACGCAGAGAAGAAGCUGUCUAGAGACAAGCAGCAGUCCACACAGAGAGACGGCACUGACAAGAUAGACGGAACAACGUCUCCCCCCCACAGUCCCAACCUGAUGGGGACCAGGGGACGGGAGACCAAGGAGAACAAGGAGCCCUCUCCCAAAGUGAGGCGGAGGCGCAGCGUCAAGAUCAGCAGCGUGGUCCUAGAGCCCGCCCAGUGGGGGAACGACGCGCUGCACAUCCUCACCAGCACCCACGACUACAGGAGCAUGAACGACUUCCUUAUGAAGAAGAUCAGUGAUCUGGACUCUGAGGACUGUCAGAAGGACACCUUGGUGGACGUGGUCUUCAAGAAAGCGCUGAAGGAGUUCCGCCUCAACAUCUUCAACUCCUACUCCACCGCCCUGGCUAUGGAUGACGGUAAGAGUAUCCGUUAUAAGGACCUGUAUGCCCUGUUUGAACACAUCCUGGAGAAGAGCAUGCGGCUGGAACAGAGGGACUGGAGCGAGUCGCCCGUCAAGGUCUGGGUCAACACCUUCAAGGUCUUCCUGGAUGAGUUCAUGACCGAGUACAAGCCCAUGGACGGCACCAUCAUCAAGGCCUCCAAACCAGAACGUAAGAAGAGGAGGAAAAAGGAACCUGACAUUGUUGAGGAGCACAACGGCCACAUCUUCAAGUCCACCCAGUACAGCAUCCCCACCUACUGCGAAUACUGUUCCUCUCUAAUCUGGAUGAUGGACCGGGCCUGCGUCUGCAAACUGUGUCGGUACGCCUGCCAUAGAAAGUGCUGCACCAGGAUGACCACCAAAUGUAGCAAAAGGUACGACCUGGAGCUGUCGUCCAGGCAGUUUGGCGUGGAGGUGUCUCGUCUGACCAGCGAGGAGAGGACAGUGCCCCUGGUGGUGGAGAAGCUCAUCAACUACAUCGAGAUGCACGGCCUCUACACAGAGGGCAUCUUCAGGAAGUCUGGCUCCACCAAUAAGAUCAAAGAGCUGCGGCAGGGGCUGGACACAGAUGUGAGCAGCAUGAACCUGGACGACUACAACAUCCACGUCAUCGCCGGCGUGCUCAAACAAUGGCUCCGUGACCUGCCCAACCCUCUGAUGACCUUUGAACUGUACGAGGAGUUCCUCCGGGCAAUGGGCCAGCCAGACAAGAAGGAGGUGAUCCGAGGGGUGUACUCUGUGAUCGACCUGCUCAGCAGAACCCACCUGAGUACCCUGGAGCGCCUCAUUUUCCACCUGGUCAGGAUCGCCCUUCAGGAAGACACCAACCGUAUGUCGGCCAAUGCCCUAGCCAUCGUGUUCGCCCCCUGCAUCCUCCGCUGCCCCGACACCAUCGACCCCCUGCAGAGUGUCCAGGACAUCGGCAAGACCACCGCGUGUGUGGAGCUGAUCAUCGGAGAACAGAUGAAUAAGUACAGGGCCAGACUGAAGGACAUCAACAGCCUGGAGUUUGCUGAGAACAAGGCCAAGAGCAGACUGACACACAUCAGGAAGUCCAUGAAACCUGUACUAAUCGCUGUUAAGUUUAUUGGCAUAACCCGCACGACCACUCCGGGCAAAGGUCGUCUGCGGAGGGGUAGCAGCCACCACACGCCCUCCCCGCCCCUCAGCCCCAGAGUGCUCCCGGUGGUGGACGGGGAGAGUGCAGAGGAGGAGAGGGCAGAGCCGGGGCUGACAGAACAGCAGCAGGCCAUCAUGCAGCAGGAAGAGAGGGUCCUCACGGAGCAGAUUGAGAGCCUGCAGAGAGAGAAGGAGGAGUUAACGUACGAGAUGUUGAUCUUGGAGCCGCGGGCGUCUGAUGACGAGACUUUAGAGUCAGAAGCCUCGACAGGAACAGCAGACAGCUCUGAGAAACUCUACAUGGACCCUGAAGGAGCCGCCUCCAACCCCUCUGGCACCUAUCACUCCCGGAAGUCUGAAGCCAAGAGCCGCCGCUGCCUCCGGAGACAACCCGACUCGGUCGACUCCACCGCAUCCUCCUCCUCCUCCAUUAUACAUCAAUCCCCCAACUACCGCUUCCGCUCCUCCUCCUCCGGACCCCUACUCUCCUCCGGCUCCUUGGGCCUAGGAGCCCCCUUAGUGGAGUCCGAGGAGGACCCGAGUGGCACUGUGGGGGUGAAGAGUCGCCACCGACUCAGGCUGAGUAGAAGCUCGCCGCGCGAGGCCCCUGAGGGCCACAGGAGGGAGUCAGACUUCAGCUCACUGCCCCAACAGCUGGUUCUGUAUGGCAGUAACGAGUUUGUGGUAUGAGGGAGAGUUGCGGUGGAGACAAGACAUCCGAAGCGCCAUCCAUCCCCCAUACCAAUAGUGUGUAUGGGGGGAAGGAAGCAGGGAGGGAGGGAGGAAGUGAAACAGGGAUGGAAUGGGUCAUGUGGGCAUCCAUCGCUCACUGCUGUCCUUCCCUCUGCCCACCUCUAUCCUCCUUCUCUGUGCCAGGAGGAAAGCCGCCGUCCCAUGAUGCAGUUGGGCGCCGUCCUCUCGGCGGGAGAAGUGAAAGUGAAAGGUGAUGGAGAAACAAAAAGAGAGAUGGAAUGACGAAUGGAUGAAAGAACUAGGAAGCCUCAGAACUGAGAUGGAGGACUGGCAGGAGGCUGUAAUGGACUAAAACAGUGACUGAACUCCAGAAAGCGAGUGAGUGAGCAAAGGAUGAGGGUGGCCGCCUUGACUCACCUGACCUUUGACCUCCAAGCCCCUUGACCCCUGCUGGAGCCUCGGGGGGCACAUGGGGGCUGGAGAUAAGAAAAGAGAGAAGCAAGUAGACAGCGCCUUCUUUUUAACGCAGGUCUACGGUGGCUUGAGCCAGAGUCACUGACUGAGAGGACUAUCGGCCAUUUUGAUUCGAGCCACUCAGCUACUCUCCGGCCAUUUUGUUUCGAGCCACUCAGCUACUCUCCGGCCAUUUUGAUACGAGCCACUCAGCUAUUCUCCGGCCAUUUUGAUACGAGCCAUUCAGCUACUUUCGCGUCCGCUUUCACGUUUACACAAUACAACCUGUCCAUGAGGCCGCAUGCUCCUUCAUGACACUUGUUUCCUAUGCCAGUUAAAGAGACUAUGGCGAUGAUGUGUUAUAAAUAUGUAUUAUGUGACCUAAUUAUUAUGUUAUUAAAAAGAUAUAAAUGGAAGGAACUCCAGUGCUGGGUUCGUUCAAUGUUUAUAAUAACCAUCUCUUAUCUGGAGUCUUUUGCAAAGGGAAGUGUAUGAGAUUCUGGUUAUGGUUUUGUUUGUUAUGUGUUUGUGUUUUGUUGAUUUUUAACACUGCAAAAUGUUUUAAAGCGUUUUCUGUCGCAUACCCUAAUGAAUUCGACCCAGUAUUCAGUUAGUGCCACUUCUUCUCUUGUGAAAAAAUACAAUACAACAGCAAGAGGCUGACGUCAGUCCAUUCAGACACAUAGGUCCCGACCAUCACACCACUGUUGCCAUUUGGGUUGAUACGGCGACAGUGGUGUUCAAUGUUUAUUCGAUAUAAUGUAAUGUAAUGCCUUUUCCAUCAUUGGUCUGUGUUCCCCACAAUCCUACGUUGAUCCUACAUUUGUUCUGAAACAUCUGUGUUCAGAGUAACCAACUUGAUUUUUUUUGGGGGGGGGGGGUUUGUGCAUUACUAUUGUUGUUGUUAUAGUUACCGUUGACGCUAUUGUCAUCUUAGAAGAAAUCCUAUCUGUACCAAAAGGUGUGUGUGUGGUUGGUUGGUUGGUUGGUUGGUUCUCACACACACACAGUCCUCUGACAUGUACAGUUAAUUCGGAAAGUAUUCAGACCCUUUGACUUUUUCCACAAUUUUGUUACGUUACAGGCUUAUUCUAAAAUGGAUUAAAUAAAUAAAAUCCCCUCAUCAAUCUACAUACAAUAACCCCAUAAUUACGAAAAGCAGGUUUUUAGACAUGUUUGCUAAUAAAAAAAAUGAUAAUAAAUAUAGAAAUAUAUAUAUACGUAAGUGUUCAGACCCUUUGCUAUGAGACUCGAAAUUAAGACCAUGUGCAUUGAUCUAAAACUUGAUUGGAGUCUGUCUACCUGUGGUAAAUUCAAUUGAUUGGACAUGAUUUGGAAAGGCACACACCUGUCUAUAUAAGGUCCCACAGUUGACAGUGCAUGUCAGAGCAGAAACCAAGCCAUGAGGUCAAAGGAAUUGUCCCCAGGGCUCCAAUACAAGAUUGUGUCGAGGCACAGGUCUGGGGAAGGGUACUAAAAAAUGUCUGCAGCAUUGAAUGUCACCCAUCAUUCUUAAAUGGAAGAAGUUUGGAACCACCAAGACUCCUAAAGCUUGCCGCCCAGACAAAUUGAGAAAUUGGGGUAGAAGGGCCUUGGUCAGGGAGGUGACCAAGAACCCGAUGGUCACUCUGACAGAGCUCCAGAGUUGCUCUGUGGAGAUAGGAGAACCUUCCAGAAGGACAACCAUCUCUGCAGCACUCUACCAAUCAGGCCUUUAUUGUAGAGUGGCCAGAUGGAAGCCACUCCUCAGUAAAAGACACAUUACAGCCCGCUUGAAGUUUGCCAAAAGGCACCUAAAGGACUCUCAGACCAUGAGAAACAAGAUUCUCUGGUCUGAUGAAACCAAGAUUGAACUCUUUGGCCUGAAUGCCAAGCGUCACAUCUGGAGGAAACCUGGCACAAUCCCUACGGUGAAGCAUGGUGGUGGCAGCAUCAUGCUGUGGGGAUGGUUUUUUAGCGGCAGGGACUGGGAGACUAGUCAGGAUCGAGGGAAAGAUGAAAGUCGAGCUAGAGCCUGGACUUGAACCCAAUCGAACAUCUCUAGAGAGACCUGUGCAGCGACGCUCCCCAUCCAACCUGACAGAGCUUAAGAGGAUCUGCAGAGAAGAAUGGAGGAACUCCCCAAAUACAAGUGUGCCAAGCUUGUAUUGUCCUACCCAAGAAGACUUGAGGCCGUAAUCGCUGCCAAUGGUGCUUCAACAAAGUACUGAGUAAAGGGUCUGAAUAUUUAAAUGUGAUUUUUCCAUUGUUUAUUCUGUUUACAUUUGCAAAAUUGUCUUAAAACAUGUUUUUGCUUUGUCAUUAUGAGGUAUUGUAUGUAGAUUAAUGAGGGGAAAAAACUAUUUAAUCAAAUUUAGAAUAAGGCUGUAACGUAACAAAAUGUGGAAAAAGUCAAGGGGUCUGAAUACUUUCCGAAUGCACUCUGUGUGCCAUACAUCCUUUGUGCCAGCCAAAUCCUUCACCUCUGACUCUUCCUUCCUAGGUGUUUACAUUGGUUCAAAUAUGAGUGAACCUUUCCAUACAUUUACUCUGAGCUCAAUGUGUAUUUAAACACCUCACAUAGAAAAGGCCAUCAGUUUCAACCUUCCAGUGUGAUUAAACAGACAGACGACUAUCUCUGGUACUCUGAAAAAUACUUCUAUACUCUCUCUGUCACUCUCUAUACCGUGCAAUAUCCUGUGUGUCUUAUAGCGAGUCGGUCUGUCUGUCUCUUCUCACCAAUGCUUAACCUGGGGUAAAAUUAGUCUUCUAAUAUUUUACCGUUACUGUACUUGCCAUCCCAUGCUUUACAACAAGCACGUAUUUGAAACAACACAAUCACGGUCUUGUCAUGGGAAAGGGGUAGGACUUGAUUGUAGAUUAGUCAUCAUAAUCAAUAGGGAAUGUGUGGUUGCCUACGUGUUUGUCACAAGCUUGCCUCUUCUUAAACUGUAUCAUCCGGGAUUUCCCACUCUGUCCAAAACAGGUAGACGGGACUUGCUGCUAGUGGUCUACUAUUAGGGUGGAGCGAUGGAAAUUCCACAUCAUAGUGGUAUUUUUAGGGAGCGGGCACCUACACCAGUCACAACCAGUCACAACUAAACCGGAGUCAUAUGCAUUAGGCAUCAAACUGAAGAAAACAUCCUGAAACAAACAGGGACUACCUGAACCGACUAACCAACCGCUUGUUUUCGUUUCUACGUUGCAAAGCAUUUUGCUACGGUGUGCCCUAAUGAAUACCACCCUGGUUGUCAGAAACAGCACUCGGGAAGUUUAGUUUGAGACAGGUGCACUGUGGGAGAAAAAUAACUAUUCCUACUGGUCAACAACAACAACAACAAGCUAAACUAAGAUGGUAUUUCUACACCCUAUAAGACAUUGGCCAAUGGUGUCCUGCUAAAGUGAAUGUACCUAUCACUGGAAGGCAGUUCUCUGCUUUUUUGUUGUUGUUGUCUUGUGUUCUUUUUAUAUACAGUAUGUAUGUUGUAUUUAUGAUCUUGCUUAUGAGUGUACAUUGUGUAAAUGCCUGUUAUAAAAAAUGAUAUAUUA